AUGGGGGAAGACGCGAUGACUUCCACUGGAGGUGGAAACAUCUUGGUCUUCCGUGGAUGGGGCGCCGACAAGCCGGGCAUUUGCCAGGCCUUCUUGAAGCUGGUUGUGGAGCACCAGAGCGAGGUGUUGGACAUGGCCCAGUUCCUUCUUGGUGGUGGUUUGAUGUUCACCUUCGUACUCAAGGUGGCGGAACAGAGCUCCAUCGGCCUGAUGAAGUCUUUGAGCUCCUGUGCUCGAGAGCAAGGCCUGCAGCUGAACUUCCAUUUUCCCGACGCGGGGCAGGUGCCGGAAGCAGAGGGCGGAAACGAGGCGGUGCUGGCGCUGGUCUCCAGUGAGGCGAUCACUCCGGCGCUCAUCAUGGAUGUCGAUAAGGUGUUAUGGGGCCAUGGCUGUGUGGUGCUGGAGAUUGAACACCGAAGUGAUAACAUGAAGGAGCACAAUGGAGACUACAACAAAGUCCAGAUCCGGAUCAGAUGCCCAAUUGGAUUGAGGCUGGCGACGCUGAUGAUGGGUCCUCCUGCGGCCAACAUUGAGGGCUUACAGAAGGUGUGCUGGAAACAUGGUGCAGAGGUGACCAGUCGAUGGUGGGACGCCAUGAAUAGGCCCAACGGCAAGUCACUGGUGGUCUUCGGUCUCAGCCACGUGCUGUGCAAAGAAGAUGUCAUGGAUUUGGUGCUUCGAGAGGCUGGCCUCCCCACAGACGCAGGUGCGCCCGAAGAGAAGCUGGCGAUGCUGAAAGGCAAGAGCACCUCGUUGCUCCGGAAGGUCAUCGAACACCUUCCACUCACACCAGGGGCCAAGGUCGUGUGUGGGGCCAUGAAGCGCCUGGGCUGCCGAUUGGCCAUUCUGACCAACACAGGCCUGCGGGAGAUUGCUGAACAUGUGAAGAGCCAGCUGGGUUUCGACUAUGUGAUUUGUCGAGAUGUGGAAGAAGCGGAUGGCUGCUUUACUGGAAGGUAUUUGGGCGAAUUGUCCGACGUGAAGUUCCGCAAGACGGACUUGUUGAAGCUCAUGGCCGAGCGUGAAGGCGUGCGAUGUCAGAACGUCAUCACGGUGGGUGAGCCGUUGAAGGGGCUCAAGGCCGCCAAUGCCCGGCUCAUGUUGGAGACCUUUGGCCCCACGGUGUACUUCAACUCGGUGAAGCUCAAGGACCUCACCAUUGUCCUCUACCUCCUGGGCUUCAGCGGCUCUGACGUGCGUGCCUUGCGCAAGCGUCGCUGGGACAAUGGCCCUGGGGAGGCUAAGACGACAAGCUCUGUGGAGGCACCUCCCAGCAGCAAGCGCUUCAUGCUGCAGGUGAGUGCGCAGCAGCGCACCGCUGGUCAGUUGCAGAGCAUCUUCCAGCCCUUGGCACCCCAAGGCUCGAAUGUCCAGCUGACCACCAUCCGCCAAUGCAGCUUGCAGGACGGUGGCAUGUGUCUCGGCAUGGACCUCACAGUGCUGAAGGACGGCCGAAGCCAAGCGACACGAGCUGGGACUGGCAUAGGACUGCCGAUCAGGUUUCGGCACAGCCGGGAGACGCUGGUGGAGACGCUGGGGUCCAGAAACACCAAAAUGCUUCGAGAAGAGAAUGAGCAGCCUGACGUGGUGGUGAAAGACUUGAUCUUCGCGUGUCAGAAGGUCGGCUUGACCAUCAUGGAUGUGAAUGAUUCUGCAAAGGAUUUCAAUUGGAAGACGCGAUAUGCCAAUAGAUAUGUGCUCACGAUGGUGCAAAAGCCCAACAUCAGUAGCACUUCCCUGAGUGAGGUGCUGGGGGCCAUUGGCUCCAAUGGGAUCAACAUCAUCAAGAUUGAACGACUCAGCACACGCGAUAUCGCCUCCCUCCAGUUCACAGUCAGUUUGCCAGAUGACCUUUCAUCCGAUGACUUUGCCAGCAAGAUGGUGGAGGUCUCCAAGAAGCACGGCGCCGACAUCGCCAUCCAGCGGGACGACCUGGAGCGCUGGAUGCGCCGACUCGUGGUCUUUGACAUGGACAGUACUUUGAUUCAGCAAGAGGUGAUCGAUGAGCUGGCGAAGCUCGCGGGUGUUGAGACCCAAGUGAAGGAGAUCACCGAGGCGGCCAUGCGUGGGGAGCUGGACUUCUUUGGAUCGCUGAAGUCCCGGGUCGCCUUGUUGAAAGGCCACAAUGCGGAGGAACUUUUUGCCAAGGUGAAGGCGAACCUCAUUUUUACACCUGGAGCCAAGAAACUUUGCACCUGCUUGAAGCGCUUAGGUUUCAAGACUGCAGUGAUCUCAGGAGGCUUUUUGCCCGUAGCGCAGGAGGUGCAGAGAUAUUUGGGUUUGGACUACGCCUUCGCCAACACCUUGGAGGUGGACGAGACAACAGGCCUCUUGACCGGCCAGACCUCGGGGCCCGUGGUCACCCCUCAGCGGAAGCGGCAGCUCUUGGCCACCAUCGCCAACGUCGAAGGCUGCGAGAUCCAGCAGACCAUCGCUGUGGGCGACGGCGCCAAUGACAUCCCGAUGCUCCAUGCAGCUGGACUUGGCAUCGCCUUUUGUGCCAAGCCCAAGGUGCAAGAAGUCUCCAGAUAUCGCAUCAAUCAGAUGGAUCUCAGCACCGUCCUGUUCCUCAUCGGCAUUUCCGAAAGAGCAAUGGAACGACUGGCUGAUGAAACUCCAUGUGGCAUGUAG